CGUGCAGGCGGCUGCGGACGCUGGUGGCCGCGGGAGCUGCAAGAGAGCCGUGCACCGCGGGGACUCUGGGUCGGCCAGGGAACAGCGACCUGCCUUCCCCAGCAGCCAGGCUGUGCUGGGCAAGAUGGGGCCCGGCUCUCCGCGCGCGCUCGUCCUUCUCCUGCUGCUCCUUGCCCGCCCCGGAGCGCGGGCUUCCCAGAGCUGUCUCAAUAAACAGCAGCUUCUGACAACCAUCCGCCAGCUGCAGCAGCUGCUGAAGGGCCAGGAGACCCGCUUCGCUGAAGGCAUCAGAAACAUGAAGAGUCGUCUGGCUGCGCUGCAAAACACUGUGAGCAAAGUGGCCCCAGAUGCACCUCCAGUUUCCUGCCCUGCUCUGGAUGCCCCUCCUGAUGGCAAGAAGUUCGGAAGCAAGUACUUGGUGGACCAUGAAGUCCAUUUUACCUGCAACCCUGGGUUCCGGCUGGUUGGUCCCAGCAGUGUGGCGUGUCUUGCUAACGGCACCUGGACUGGAGAAAAGCCCCAUUGCAGAGACAUCAGGGCAUGUUCCAGCCAGCCUUGUCACAACGGUGGGACGUGUGUGGAAGGAGUCAACCAGUACAGAUGCAUCUGUCCUCCAGGAAAAACUGGGAACCGCUGUCAGCACCAGACCCAGGCUGCGGCCCCCGAGGGCGGCGUGGCCGGCGACCCCGCCUUCAGCCGCGCGCCCCGUUGCGCGCAGGUGGAGCAGGAGCAGCACUGCAGCUGCGAGGCGGGAUUCCACUUGAGCCGCACCGCGGGCGGCGACAGCGUCUGCCAGGAUGUGAAUGAGUGUGAGAUCUACGGGCAGGAAGGACGCCCCCGGCUCUGCAUGCACGCCUGUGUGAACACCCCUGGCUCCUACCGCUGCACCUGCCCCAGUGGAUACAGGAUCCUGGCUGAUGGAAAGAGCUGUGAGGAUGUUGAUGAGUGUGUGGGUCCACAGCCCAUGUGCCCCCAAGGGACCACAUGCAUCAAUACUGGAGGAGGCUUCCAGUGUGUCAGCCCCGAGUGCCCUGAGGGCAGCGGCAACAUAAGCUACGUGAAGACAUCUCCCUUCCAGUGUGAGCGAAGCCCCUGUCCCAUGGAUAGCAGGCCAUGUCGCCACCUGCCGAAGACCAUCUCCUUCCAUUACCUCUCUCUACCUUCCAACCUGAAGACACCCAUCACGCUCUUCCGCAUGGCCACAGCCUCAGUUCCUGGCCAUCCUGGGCCCAACAGCCUGCGCUUUGGAAUUGUGGGUGGGAACAGCCGUGGCCACUUCGUAAUGCAGCGCUCAGACCGACAGACAGGGGAGCUCAUCCUCACACAGACCCUGGAGGGGCCUCAGACUCUCGAGGUAGAUGUUGACAUGUCAGAAUACCUGGAACGCUCCUUCCAGGCCAACCAUGUAUCCAAGGUCACCAUCUUUGUGUCUCGCUAUGGCUUCUGAGGAUGUCGUGGCAGUCGGGGGACUGAGAUUUGCAAUCUGGGCUGAUUUCUCUUUCCCAAGGACACACCAGUAGGCUGCGACGGUCAUUUCUCCUCUCUGUCUUGUUCCCAUCCACUUUAGCUGUUCACCCAGGCUUUAGAGCAAUGUACUGUGUCUGUCUCACCGGCUGGCACAGGGAAGCCAGAAAACAAACGCUGUACCACCAUCACACUUUUUUUCCCUCUGCUUUAAGCCCCACUGUAGUUACCCGCUUUGGAGACAGAACAGAAUCUCAGAAUGCUGUGUGAAUGACUGUGUGAGUCUGAAAUGAGCUGAGGUGGAGGAGGAGCUCAUGGUGCGUGUCUGAGACAAUGGCCAACUAUUCUGCGUUGAGGUUGCCAAGUGUGUUCUGAAUAUGUUCUCGCUCUGUUAAUGGUCUAAUACCCCUGUGAGCCUUCUUCUCAGGGGCCAAUAGCGGAGGGAGCCUGGUAACCGCAAGUGGAUCCUUCUAGAUCAAGGAGUCAACAUUACAUCAUGGAUUCUGCCAGAGUUUCUUCACCUUACAGAAAACAUAUCUCAAAAACAUGACCCAGUAUUACGUCUGUGGAAAUAGAGCCUGGUCCUGUCUGCCCAUCUGACUUCUCCAUGAGCUGGAGAGCGCCUUCUAGGAAGGAAUAGCUCUCUUCCUGCCCAGCUUGGACAUAGAGGAACAAGAGAGUAAGAGAGGCAAUGUUUAAAAUUGCGCUGUUAGUUGGCAAUCUCCAUCAGUAUGGGUUGGUCACACGGGAGACUGGUAAGGACGGCAUCUGGCCAUGGAAUGUUUAGAACACUCCAAUUGUCUUUCAUUUCAUGGCUUUCUUCUUCUUCUGCUGCUGCUGCUAGAAGAACCAAGAGGUGAUGCCUUCCGGAUGAAUGAAGCCCUGAGAAGUUUCCAGAAAACUGUGCUGCCCUGAGAAGUGGGUGGGAUGGGGAACCAUUCCAAUUAAAAAUUUAAAACUAGAUGGGUUGAGAGGAUUUUCAGUGUCCAAAUACACAUCAAUCUACUGGUAAUAUUGCCUUAUAUACAUUUUAUU